CACCACACAGAAGCACCUAGCCCAUCAUUGCUGCCCCCAUCAGCUUUACCGUUAGAUGUAUUAAACAAUGCCGUUGCUGGAUUUAGUACUGUGGAAGAACUUAUCCGGUACCUUGAACCAGAUCGGUGGCAACUGGAUUUGGAAGAUUUGUACAGGCCAACAUGGCAACUUCUUGGAAAGGCAUAUAUUCAUGGGAGGAAAUCAAGAGUGGUCGAUCUCAACCUCCUAAAGGAGGAGGUGCGGCUGUAUAGUUGUACUCCUCGCAACUUCUCGGUGUCACUGAGGGAGGAGCUGAAGCGAACUGACACCAUCUUCUGGCCAUUGUGUCUUCUGGUUAAACGUUGUGGUGGAAACUGUGCCUGCUGUCAUCAGAGUUGCAGUGAGUGCCAAUGUGUACCAACAAAAGUCACCAAAAAGUACCAUGAGGUUCUUCAGCUGAAGCCAAGGAUUGGUGUCCGGGGAUUGCAUAAAUCAUUGACAGAUGUACCCUUGGAACACCAUGAGGAGUGUGACUGUGUGUGCAAAGGGAAUACUGAAGGAUAAACAUGAUUUAAUUGUGCUGUUUUCUUUCAAAGCACACUCAAUCAAUGGCUGAUUCUAUUAUGGGGCUUGUGCAUUAUCUCCUUCUGUAAUCUCAGUUGUUUGCUUUGGGGAUCUUCCAUCUUCAAGAUUUACAGUGAGCUCUAAAAAGAGGAGAAGCCAAACUGGGAUUAUAUGUUGUGUGACAGCUCUGUUUGGAGGCCUGGUGAAAGGAUGGGAGAAAGGCAUCAAUAAGGGAUUUAAAAUAUAUGUAUUGUUUUUGUCCCCACAAUUUUCUUGACAAUACAUGGAUUUAUAAUUUAGGAGUAAAAAUAAAGUUAGAAGGCUCACAUCAUGGAGACUUGAUCCUGCUGGCUGUCUUAUUUCUACAGCUCCAGUACAUCUGGCCUCUGGUUGAAAACACCUGAAAUCUUUCUUUCUGUGUUCAACUACUCCUGUGUACUCUAAAUCGAAGCGUUCUCUGUUGUAUAAACUUGGGUUAAAACAGACUGUCUUGUUCCGAAUUCAACUUAAAUGGUCUAA